AUUUCCUUUACUCAAAUCCUGUUAAAAGUAAUUUUUUUGCCCAUACUAUGCUUAGGCAUCUUGUUGAAAGCAUUUGAAUUGCAGCCAUCGCCUUCCGAGAAAGGCAUUACAUGGUUUUCAUUUUGAAGCGCCUACGUAAUCAUUCCUGAUUUCGGCUCCAAUCUUGAAACAUUUAAGAAAUUGUCCCCCGAGAGAAACUUUCUACGGCAUUAAGCUGAUAUAAAUAAUACCCCUACUGAGUGCCUGAAAAAGGCUUUUGAUCGAUACCACAAGCUACGUGCUUUUGUUCUUUGAAAUUUUUUCAAUUUUUUGUACGGGUUGUACACCCAAAACUAUCUUGUUGCAAUGUUCGGUUAACGGUCUAUAAAAGAAAGCUUGAGUGCCCAUGUGAUUCCAACCCGUGAUAGCCUUUUAGGUUUCCUAUGAGUUUCGGGGCGUGAAUCCUGGUCGUCUGAAGCCAUAGACGAUCAGCUGACGAUUCCUCAUACACAAAUUAUCACCAGUUGUAUACGUAUGUACCCCGUUAUACAAUCCGCUGGAUUGUGAUCGACCCCCUCAUCGUCCCCUCCAACCUCAAUGUGAAAUCAGUAGAAAAAUCUCGAGUGAAUUAUUUAUUUAUUUUUUUUUCAAUCUAAUUAUUCAACUAGAGAAAUCUUAGAAAUCGACACCAUUUUUUUACCGAAAAAAAAAAAUGUAGCGGCCAGUAACUGCAUCCAAUAAAAGAGGCAGGGUCGGGAUUAUUUAUGCAUGUGACGUCCACCGGGUAAAGAUUAGACGAGCAGUGAGGACAAUAACAGACCAAAGCCUCAAAGCCUGCCGAGUUCAUCCGAGCUUGAAAGCGUCGAUCUUGAUAUGCGUUGCGUGUAAACAAGGAUUUUUCACGCUGUAAUGCCUUCUACCAAAUUUGCGGCAUUUAUUGUCUCCAUUCUCAGUUGAAUUUUCAUUCACAAUCUUGGUUUUCCCAAAACUUUCUUUUUUAAUUGCAGUUUUAAUAACAACAAAGGCAUCUUUGAAUUUACUUGACACUUAAAAAGACCGUAAUGGGGCACGGCACCAUUUAAUCCUUUUUCUUUCGCCAAUCCCGUAUUUGAUUUAGCUUCUUCAGAGCGCAGCAAAGUAACAACGGAUUCACAGCUGCCGGCGUGAUCGUUUUGACAAAGCCGUUCAUCAUUCCCUGGAGCGCGAUCCAGAGAAUAUAGAAGAUCUUUUCUCUUCAGUGCAGGAAAAUGCGCAGAAGUUGGGAUUUCGAAAAUUGCAAACUGCCGUUCUCAAAGUGUCCACUUAUUUGAACUAGUGAACGGCCUCAUGCUUGUGGGAGAGAGGUUUCCACAUCACAUUGAUUGAUGUGGACACAGCUCUAGCUGGUGAACUCCUUGCCGUUCAGAAAUGAUUGUGUGCGUGAGAGCUGCUGAUCCGUAGAUGGCCGACAGACAAGCAAAAUCUGUUGACCUUGCAUCUUCGUGUGAAUAGCAAAAAAAAAGGGGGGGGGCGUAUCCCGCUCUUGAAGCUUCUUACAGCGUAGCCGCCCCCGUUUUUUUUUUUUUUUAUUUUGAAUGCGUGGACACGUACCAUGUAGAUUCGGAGUAGCUCUCUCUUCUCUCUCUGCGUCGAAAAAUAGGAAAUGGUUUUAUUAGCAAUUCGAAGGAGAGGGACGAAUAAGAGCGGUCAACGCGAUUCGAUUAUUUUUGCCUGGGGCUCGGGAUACUUUGUAAAAAAAAAAAAAAAAAGGCGUAAUUUAUUCCACACAAUGACGAGUUACAUGCUGACGCCUAAUUGAACCAAGUCCUUAGAUAAGAGCUCUCCGUGUAUGAAGUAUUGCAUGUAGCAAGGAACUCCUUGCCAUGACGCCAUAAGAGCAAUAGUUCAAGUUCCUCCAUCUCUAAUUGAACCCGAGAGAAAUCAGAGGUGAACUGACAGGUCGGAGAGGUUUCUCUAUGUCGGAUUGUGAUGAUCAGAAUCGUGUGAUCAUUGCCGUGAGAAGAAGGGAAAGCACAGAUGUAUCGUUCAUCAACUCGCAAUGAAAAGAAAAGGAUAGAAGAGAAGAAAGCGCGUAGCUCUUUUUUGUUCCUCUUCUGAUCGGACCAUUCGUCAGCUAAAAAGGUCGGGCGAUAUUCCUAGACGAAGAGAAAGAAAAAUGCAGCGUACUGGUUUCUGCUUCUCUCUCAUGUUUGAGGGUGGUAAUCUGUUAGUUUGCUAUCUCACUGAUGGCGCGUCCGUGUCCGUGUUUAAAAGCUUCCGUUACUCAUCUUCUGAUCGACGCGCCGCUCUCCUCUGGAAUGAUUACGCCCAUCGAGUCGGCAGCCUUUUUUUUUUAUCAUAUAAAAAAAAAGGGGAGAGAGGUGGACCGUCAUUCCAUUCCGUAACUAGGACGGAAGGUAUCCUUCAUCCGCACUUCAUACUCGUGACGUGCAUGGGCUCUUGAUUCCCAUUAGUCCGCGUCAAUGUCGGGGAGCUGCCACUUGCUCCAACAGUUGUACGAUGUUUUCUUACGGAUCGAUCGGCCAUUGGCAGUCAAGUGGUACGUUACUAGACACACAGUUUUACAAGUAGUAUAUAGACAGUACAGCAGGGGGGGGGAUACAGAUGGGCGUGCAGUCUCGCCAGUAAGUUCAAUCAUUUCUGCAAUUGUCCUGGAAGUUGGGUUUCUGGGGGGAAGACUACGCCAAAACUCGCUUGAUGGCAAAGAGGUUUUGGAUAGAGCAAUCAAGCGAUGGUUUGUGAUGUCGGAUGCUGACUUCUAUUGCGUGUACUAAACAGCUGGUGCAUUCUCUUUAUUUUGUUGUAUCUUGUAUGCAUAUUUGUGCUGGCUUGACCUGAAAUUUGGCUGUCCGACUAUAUUAACAUGAGCAAUCACUUCAAUUUCUUGGGGGGAUGUAACAAAUAAAAAAUGUCGAAAAAUAAAAGUCACGCUAUUGUCGUCGAGAGAUUUAAAGGCUUACACAACUACGCGACGUGUGUCACACGUCGCGUUCAAAAGAGCCCAGGUGUUGGUGCGGUUGUUAAGGGCGCCAGAAAGCGAUCAACUGGUUCGCCACACCUGCGAAUUUGCAAUGGGAUACUAACACGACACUUUUGCGCUGUUUUUUUUUUGAUUAUUCUCCUAAACUGUCGGGAGUUUUUUUUUGUGUGAUUUGUUUUCCUUUUCACCUAAAUGGAUAUUCGAUAGAUUUCAGAAGAAAACUAAUUAGAAUUAAAGCGAAGCAUCAGCUGUUUUCAAGAACAAAAUUUGCCAAGUUUUCUCUUUACAAUUGCAUUUUUUUUUUUAUAAAUUAGAUUACAGUUUUUUUUUUUACUUCCCUUCUCUUUCGGAGAAAAAAAAAAGAUCAAGUGAAAUCUGCUCGACACGAGUCUCUCGCCACGUACUUGACCAUGCAGUUGAGCGCGGCGACUUAACGUUACCUUUGGGAAAUCCCGGACUUCUUUUUUUCCUUUUUUUUUUUCUUUCUAUUUUGUUAUUUUUUAUUUGAAAAAGUCCCACCUAGGACUUCUUCCGGCCUUGGGGGUUCUUUGGUCAACCUCAGCCAUAGAGUAGAGCGCUGGGUGUGCCACUGGAAUCUGUUGAACCACCUACACUCUUGGUAGAUCAAUGGCGGUCGUGAAUCCACUCACAUGAAGGGAAAAAAAAGGGAGGAUCUCUCACCUCGUCGACAUUUGAUACGUAGCACUUCUUGCUACGUUUUUCUAUCGACUUUGAUCAUGGUUUUCAAUCGAAUCAGACCCUCCCUUCUUCAGUCAUUUACGCGGAGUUUUUCGUUCUGAUAGUUUUCGUUGGUAGAGUGACAUACAUCUCGUCAGGCAUCAAAUGUUUUUAGCCGUGAAACACAUACGGAUGUAACCGAAUUCCGGUCUGAUGGAGCGGUAAAUGAUGUCGUCAUUUAAGUUUGCUUUCCACCCCCGGAUCAAACUCCUUCCAAAGUUCAAUCCACUAAUCAGGCAAACGUUAGACACUUCAACGAAAAUUCAAUCAAAUAGAGAUGAUAAUCAGAAUUUUACGAUCCGCAAUUGGUGCCAUCUACCAGCCAACGUUUCAUUUCCUGCCUUAAUUUAUUCACCCCAUUAAAAAUGUAUCUUUUUUGUGUGUGUGUCUCGGUCUCGUCAUUUUUCUCUAUACAUUUUUCAUCGUGAAAGAGUUUUAAAAAUAAAUCAAAUUGAACGUCCCCGCUAUAAAUUCACCGUGUGCGCGCACGUCUGUGGAUUAUUGGCGGGAAAUUAUUCCGGUAACAUUUGUACAGCUGCGCCGUGCCGGCCCGCGUUUCGCCCGCAUCCUACGAUCUUGAGGGGGGGUACUUGUGUUUGGAGCGGGAACAACCAACUUGUAUAUUACACGCGGCUACCGUUCGCAUAUGAGUUUGUAUAGUAGCAACCUUCUGGUGGGACGCAACCGACUUUUUCUACGCCAUCUGUCUUUUGUUUGAACUAAAAAUAUUGACCUCAGUCUAUAACUGUUUUGAUACGCAAAAAAAAACAAAACAAACAAACAAACAAACUACUGAUCUUCUGGGAGAUGCGUGUAAUUUCUGUCAAAGUGAUUUACAAGCCGUGGCUCGUUACGGACUUGAUUGAGCGCUACCAAUUCUGAAGAAUUUCGCAAGAUUCGAACAAGUUUUGCUGCAAUUACAAUCAUGUCAACGGAUCAUCAUCGCCUCAUCUUAUUCUUCUGCGUGGUCAUCAUUAGCACCUGUCAAGGUUCUCGGCACCAUUCGCGAAUGGCGACGAAUCAGCAACAGCCCACGAUCGAAGACGACGGCCAUCAGGACGCCCUUGACAAUAAACUGUGGACUUCGAAACAACUCAACGACCACGAAUAUUCGUAUCCGAUGGGUGGCCACGAUUUUGUUCUGCCACGAUUUGCCGAGCCUGUUAAUAAUGUUACGGUAGUAGCUGGGCGCGAUGCCACGUUACACUGCGUCGUCGACAAUCUCCAGAAAUUCAAGGUGGCAUGGGUACGAGUGGACACCCACUCUAUCCUGACCAUCCACAACAAAGUCAUCACAAGGAAUUACAGGAUCGGACUGGCGCAGGCAGAUGGUCGCAAUUGGGACUUGAAGAUCAGCAACGUCGCCGAAUCCGAUAGAGGAUUCUACAUGUGCCAGAUCAACACAGAUCCUAUGCGAUACCAGGAAGCCUACAUCGAAGUCGUAGUGCCUCCAGAUAUCAUCGAUAGUGAAUCAAGUACGGAUACGAUAGUCCGUGAAGGAUCUAACGUAUCGCUGACGUGCGCAGCCAGUGGCCAUCCGCAGCCUCACAUUUUGUGGAGGCGUGAGGAUGGCGCUUCCAUUACCAGAGGCAAACUAAAGUCCAACUCUUUUGAUGGCGAGGUCCUAGGUUUGCCGCGCGUUUCCCGGCUUCACAUUGGAGCUUAUCUGUGCAUCGCUUCCAAUGGUGUACCACCAUCGGUUUCAAAGCGCAUAGUCCUCAAUGUUCAAUUUGCUCCAGUCCUUUGGAUUCCCAAUCAACUGGAAGGGACUGUUGUUGGACAGCAAGUCUCACUCGUCUGCCAGAUUGAAGCCUUCCCAGUACCGAUCGUUUACUGGACCACGGAAAACGGAGAAAUCAUCAUAGAUAAUUCUCGUUUCACGAUGACGGUUACGCUGGAAAACGAAUAUAAAAUGACCAUGACUCUGAAUAUCCGCAAUCUGUCUGCCGAAUUUUUCGGCGGAUACCGAUGUAUAGUGCGCAAUUCACUAGGAGAGACGGACGGCAUGAUCCGGCUAUAUGAAGUUCCGGCUGUGCCGCGCUCGUCCGUCGACCUAGACCCUCCCUAUGAUUCGGAAAUGGAUGACUCACAAUCGGACAAUGCCCUGCUCAAAAUUCGCGACAAGAACAACCAACCAUCGGGGAGCAACGGACACGAAGCCGGAAGCGUUGGUGGAAGUAUUAAAGCUAUGGUAGACUCUUCGCGGAUAGGAUCAGUCUCCGUUGGCCAGCCAACUGACGAGUCGAACAACAAUGGAUCAGAAUCGCUAAACUCCCCGGGCGUCGGGUUAUUAUUCCCAUUUGCGAUUCAUCGUCUGCCCGUUGUUGUUGCGAUUGUUGUAGUGCUUCACUGCACGCUCCAAAUGUGGGCAUGACAAUAAGUCUUGUCCAGUCUUUUUCUCCAGGCCAUUUAUUCGUAUGUCAAUACUAUAACCUCUCCUCGUUUUUCGUUCUAAACCCCCUCGAGUUUGUUUUGCAUACUGCACCGCCGUUUACUACUGCAUCUAAUUAGCAAUAACAAUACCCUUAUUCUCGCUUUUCCUCCUUCAAUUGGCUCCAAUCUUCACCGGCUAUUAUUCUCCCCUCCUAGUUUGCUCGACUACCUGAAAUAGGGGACUGCGUUGUGAAUUGUUCUGUAAAAGCGCGUGCUGUACGCUUGUAUCAUAGUAAAAUAAACAAACAAAGACGUUGGUGGUCACUA